AGUAAACAGUAAUCACGUUACAAGGGUGACAACCCGGAAGAGCUGCCUUUCUCUGAUUAACGUUUGAAUAGACAAGAAUGAGCAAUUUAUCUUGAGAAGAAACGAUUAAACGCGAUGCUGUUAACAUCGUACAGCCUUUGAUAAUCAUAUCCGUGUCUUAAUCUUCGGCGCUGGAGAGACAAAGGCGGUCGAGCGCGAGCAGCAACGCCCUGAUGCCAGCCGCCCCGUCGGAGAAAAAUACCCUCUCCGCUCUGUUUACAAAUCGGCUGGGCGAAAGUGUUUCCCCGCAGUGUGUCGUUAGCUAAUCGUGUGUGCUUUUCAGACGAAUAGAAAACAUGGCUGAACUGCAUGUCGUGGAGUCGAGCAGCACUGGCACCAUAGAGCAGCCCGAGCAGCACCGCGAUGUCCGGGGCUCUGUGCGCCUGGCGUCGCCCACUCUCAUGGUUCCUCCGCGGAGCAGCCAGCUCAGCCCCGGCGGGGUGUCGAGCGGCAGCGGCGGACGCUCUGUGUUUGGGUUCCCGGGGAAGAGCAACCCGAGCUCCCCGUCCGAACCGGCGGACAAGCCGGGCUCGCGCUGGGUUCGCCUGAACGUCGGCGGGACCUACUUCGUCACGACCAAACAGACGCUGUGUCGGGACCCCAAAUCCUUCCUGUCCCGACUGUGUCAAGAAGACCCCGACCUGGACUCCGACAAAGAUGAGACUGGAGCCUACCUGAUCGACAGGGACCCCACAUACUUCGGCCCCAUCCUGAACUACCUUCGCCACGGAAAACUGAUCAUGGAUAAAAAUCUGGCUGAGGACGGCGUUCUUGAGGAAGCCGAGUUCUACAACAUCGCAUCACUGGUGAGGCUGGUGAAAGAGAGGAUACGGGACAACGAGAACCGAACAUCCCAGGGCCCUGUGAAGCAUGUGUACCGAGUACUACAGUGCCAAGAGGAGGAACUCACACAGAUGGUCUCUACCAUGUCAGACGGUUGGAAGUUUGAGCAGCUCAUAAGCAUCGGCUCCUCUUAUAACUACGGCAACGAGGACCAGGCAGAGUUUCUAUGUGUAGUUUCCCGGGAACUGAACAACUCCACCAACGGCAUCGUCAUCGAGCCCACCGAGAAGGCCAAGAUCCUCCAGGAGCGAGGCUCGCGGAUGUGAGGAGAUGAAGCGCUGAGCUAAAUAACACUUUACCAACAAAAAAAAGACAAUAACAAACAUUUCCUCCAGUUUUCAUUAAAGACCCAUGAGUUCCCCUUCUACCUUUCUAACAUCACCUCUGUCUACAUCGUCAUCGACGCUCGCCCCUCCUCCUCUGGUGUGCCUUUCCACAGCGGGGUCUGCCGACGCCCCCCCCCCCUCCAGUGCUGCAACACCACGCGGAUGUUCCUCCUCCUCCGUGGCCGGCUGUGGAACACUUCAGGGGGAGUUUUAAAAAGGGAUUACCAGUGAGUGUUUUCUUCCUCAUAGCAGCUUUUCUUGAUGGUCAGUGUCACUGCGGUGCAGGCAGGCUACAGUACUGAUUGUAGCCCCGUAUUAUUGUCAGCGGAUGGACGCCCAGCUCAAAGCUACUCUAAAUCAUCAUCAUCACUUCUACUUUUGGCUAAGCAGGAACCUCCUCAGGACUCUCAAAGGACGUAAAGGAAUGAAUACCGCUCCUCUGUCUGAGCCUCUUUACCUGAAUCUGGGAAUGGAGCGACUGCCGCGUCUUGAUCUGCACUCCCAGAAUCCUCGGCUGAUUUCUGAGGCAACACACAGAGCCUGGAGGAUGAAGGGCGCAGGAUUUGAAGGCAGCGUGACGCACAGUCUCUGUUUGAGCCAUCCUUGUGCAGCAUUUCAGUCUUUAAACACUUUGAAAGAGUAAACGACCUUACAGGUGUUUCUGUUCCGUUUCGCUGUACAAAUCACAACAUCCUCCUGUUUCCUGUCCCUGGGCUCGAUUUGGUCUCUACUUCCCAGGGAUAAUAAUGUCCACGCAAAAAGAAAACUGAAAAAAAGAAAAAAAAGACUACACUUGUGUACAAUUUGUCCAGGCAUGUGAGGAAUCUUAAUAUAGAUCUAUAUAGGCUACAUGAUGAAAUUAUAUGAAAUGCAAAAUGGUGUAAGUACUGAUUUCUGUAUCAUAGUUGUUAUAUAUUUACAUAUGGGUCUAUUUAAACGAUGGAGAAAAUAUCAUUAUUCAUAAUCAUGAAUUUUUUUCUGAAAGUUUCCCGCCCGGUAAUAUGGUGUGUGUACGCAGUGCCUCGCUGCUUUCUGUCCAUCACUUAAAUAUCACGUUUUAUCAAAAAAACAACAUCCAAGUUUUCUCUACGAUAUCCUACUUCGAAUUCUUGCAUAUCUUAAAAUUGUAAUUAGAGAAAACUGUCAUUUGUCCAGAUAAAGAGGCGGGGACUGUGGCCAGUGUACGCUGUGCUCUUUUCAUGCCGAUGUUCUCCCAACUUUCAGCUGCCUCUCGACUUACCACCCAAAAAUCUGUGUUGUCCUACAUUCUGCAGCACUUGUAGCAACUGAGUUCUUUGUGCUUAAACCCUGAGAUACCUGAGCUUACAUUAUCACAGAGAUUUACAGACUGUAAGCAAACCUACCGCAUUAUUUCAGAUCUUAUGUGACACUGUUUUUAUUGGCUAAAGUACGUUUCUCUUUAAGUAUACUUGAGUUGCUGUGUGAUAGUGCUGUUUUUAACACAACAUUGGAGCAACAUGCAAAUGAAGUCUGAAGUUCUAUUGAAAUAAUAAUAAUAAUAAUAAUAAUGGGUUCCAUUUAUAAAGCACUUCAUAUUUGAUUUCAAAUCCCGAAGUGCUACAAGUAGUGAGCAUGAACAGUAUAAAUAAACAUUACACAACACGGUAGAAUUAAUAAAAAGCAAUAAAAAGGACUAGGCAAAGGCUCUUUUGAAGAGAUGGGUUUUGAGGCCUUUUUUAAAAGCCUCCACGGUCUGUGGUGCUCUCAUUUGGUCGGGGAGAGUAUUCCACAGACUGGGAGCAGCCGAGCAGAAGGCCCGGUCUCCCAUAGUACGGAGCUUAGUCCUGGGGGGUUUGAGGAAGUUGGAGUUGCAGUAGUGCACUAAAUUGAAGGCAGAAUAUGUGUCAAAUACCAUUCUGCCUGAAGUAUUGGUACUGCAGAGAAAUCCUGGCCAACAGAUCCUGAGGAAGAAAAUCAAAUGAAUAUACAUUUCAAUGAAAAUGAGAAUAAUGAUGACCAAUAUGUUUUUCAAAUCGUUUAACACUUAUGGAAACCUACAUUAGAUAUUGAAUGCUAACCCUGAACACACUAAACAAUUGUUAGGUCAAAUUGGUAUGCUUCAUAGCUUUCAAAUCAUGUAUAAGCAAUAUGCACUUUAAGUCAAGUACAGGUGAAUUGGCUCAUAUCUAAAAUGUGCAUUUACUAAAUCAGCAGGGGUAAGUAACCGGAGCUGAUGACUGAAAAUAAAUCAUUGUACAUUUUUGUGUUUUUCCUCUGAUAAAACACAAGACACUUUGAUGUUUCCAUAGGUCAAAAAAAUAUUAAAUUCUUUAGUAUUUUCAGACGUUUUUAGAACUUAGCUAUUCAUUUGUUUAUUGAGAAAGCUAUCCUAGCCUAUCGGCAAAAACAGUUUAAUCUAUAAAAUGUCAGAAAAUAAUGAAAAAUGCAUGUGGUAAUGUCUUCUAAUUUCUGGUUUCGCUUCAACCUACAGUCAAAAAACAAAAAUUAUAACUCAAUGAUAUAAAACAGAGAAAUACGGAAAAUCUUGACAUUUGAGAAACUGAAACCAUUAAUUUUAGAGCCGUUAAUUCACUAAUGGAUUUACCACUAAACCCACAAAUGUAUGCUAAUAGCUGUUAUUAAAACGUUGUUACUGGUUUCAUUGCGGCCUUGUUAAAUGAGCAGCUUAAAAGUUUGGUCCACAACACAUAUCAGAUCAAAACAUUUCGUGCAGCCAGGCCUCACGUUUUAAAUCCUGGCACGUGAAAGCUAGAUCUUUAACCGAUCACUUUGAUACACCCUUAGUUUGUAUAAAGCGCAUAUUUGAUGCAGUUAUGUUAUAUCAAGCAUGAACAAAAAAAGAAUGCAAGAAAAAAGAAACUGUACCUGUGCUGACGUCAUUCUCCCCGAUGCUCAGUCAGGUCUCGGAGCUCAAACUUUGAUGUGACUACUUCUUCUUCGUUGUUUUAUUUCCUCUUGCUGUGUUGUGCAGUUUGAUUCUGCUUUCCUGAGAGUUGUGAGCAGACUGAGCGUUGCUAUAAAAUGCUCCAAACGUCUCAUUGAGGAGCUUUUUUUCCCUCCCUCCCCUUUGUGGUUUCUCUGGGCCUUUUGCAAAGCACCUUGGGUGUUGUCUCCCCUUCGUCUGUGUCCAGUGUCGUGCCUUUUGACCUGUGUUGUGCACAGUUGUUCUCCCCUCUUAUCAUAAGGUGCCUCUCAUACCUUAAAAAAAAUCCAGGAGGCACCUGCCUGAGGUGUAAUGCGGUCUUUAGCUUGUUUUCAAUUUCAGUGUUUCAGGGAGAGGCAAGCCAAACAAACCUGUUGUCCCCUGCUUUAUUUUACAAUACCGACAAACUCCAAAUGAUAACCAGCUGCUUUCUUUGUGCCAUUGCUUUGUGCUGCCCCUUAUCACUCCUGGAGGUUCAGAAUUGUGUCCCAAUCUGCUGUAAACACUGCUGGUGGUUUGGCUUUAUAACAUUUUUUAUUGAAAAAUAAGGAAGGAGCACUCGGCAGCAGAAAGAUCAUUCACAGCUGACUACCCUGCUGCUCUUAUCUUUAAAAAAAAACACCAGUGCACUUGUCAUCAGAUAAGGAUUUGACUUAGAACUCCACCUCUAUUAGCUUCUUCUUCUUUGGUUAUUGGGUUGCAAGAUCUAUCCCUAAUGAUCCCAUUGUUAAAUGUGUGUUAUUAACAUCUUAAAGCACUUACUGUUCCCCAUCAACUUCGUGGACCCAGUUGGAUCUUCCCUUGGUUGUAUAGUUCAGUGGUUCCCAAACUGAGGGUGUAGCCCCAGAAGUGGUCGCAAGACUGCUAAAAAGAUGGGAAAGCAACAAUAUAUACUCUUUUUUUCCCUGUAAUUAUAGUUGUUUUUUGUAUCUUAGCCAUGCUAGUAUCGUAGGUCCAAAUAGAUCAACAACAUGUCGUAUUGAACAGAUAUUCAUGGUUCCCAGAGGAUGAUCCCUGGCUUUUCGUCUGUACUACAUCAUUUUCUCUUAAAGGUUAAGAAUAUGAUUUUUGAUUCAAUUAUAUUAUAAGAACAUGCAACAUAAUUUAAAAGAAACAGCUGGUUAAUUAAACAAAGUGGCAGUAUAAAAUAUGUAUACAUAUAAUUCAUUUUGUAAACCUUAUUUGUUCCCUAUUUGUCAAAAGUCUCAAUCAUUUUGGAUUGGGUACCUUGAAAGUGCUUAAAAAGUGCUUAAAUGUUACUCUUAGAGAUCUGUAUGACUUCUGUAAUGACAUUUCCUUCACCAAUAGCUGUACCUUUUAAAUACAGUAGUGCUAAUCAAAGACAUUUUGAAUGCAAGUAAGAUAAUUAAUGAGGUAAAAAGUAUACGUGCUAAACAUUAGCAUGUUAGCUCAAAGCAAAACGUACAGCCUUACAGAACCAUCGCUAUGGCUGUUGUUUUUUUCUCUGUUAAUGUUUCUUGUGAAUCACCACAUGUUUUACUUCUUGAGGAAUUACAAAAAUGAUUUCAAUGAAAAGAAAAAGAACAUGAUAAGGGCGGCUAGUGUUUGAUUGUUGACGUAAUGUUUCAUAUGAAAAUGGCAGAAAAUUCUGUUUGCCAUCCUCUCAAUAUUAAAUUCUUCUGCUUUU